AUGGAAGAACCUAAAGGGAUUGUUCGUCAUAUAUAGACAUUGCAAGAUCCACAAUUAUCUAGAUCAUAUAGAGGACAUGAAAAAACAUAUUGUCUAUCAUUUGAUCCAUAAAUGAGAUAAUUAGCAUCUGGAGGAAAUGAUUCAAUAAUAUAUGUCUAUAGUUUCAAACCAUAAGGAAGACCAUUUAAAUUUAAUGGUCAUAAAGGAGCAGUUUACAGUGUUUAAUUUUCACCUGAUGGUUAAAUAAUUGCAAGUGGUGGAGAAGACAGGACAAUUCGUUUAUGGAAGAAUUCUGUGUAAUUUGAUAUUAAUAUGAAUUUAAUAGUUUAGGAAAGUGUACAGCAAUUAAAGGACAUAUUGGUAGUGUUAGAUCAUUAUCAUUUUCUUAAGAUAGCAGUAUGAUAGUAUCAUCAUCAGAUGAUAAAACAAUUAAGGGAUGGAAUGUAUUAAAGAAUAAUUUUAUGUUCUCAUUGGCAGGACAUACUAAUUGGGUUAGAUAAGCUAAAUUAUCUCCAGAUUCUAGAUUAGUAGUUUCUGGUUCAGAUGAUUCAACAGUUCGUUUAUGGGAUGUUAAUUUAUCAAAAGAAUUAUAGAAAUUCAAAUGUGAAGAUUCAAUAUAUUCAAUUGAUUGGAUUAGUGAUGGAACUACUAUAUGUGCAGGUUAAAUGGAUGGAAAAAUUAAAUUAUGGGAUGCUCGUUCAAUGAGAUUAAUAUAAUAUUAUGAAUGUAGUAAAAAAUCAGUUAAUACAAUAAAUACUCAUCCUAGUGGUAAUUUUCUAUUAUCUGGUGAUGAUGAAAGCAAUUUAAAAAUAUUUGAUUUAAGAUAAGGAAGAUUAGCAUGGUCAUUAUAUUCCCAUUCUUAACCAAUUAAAUAAGUAUAAUUUAAUUAUGCAGGUGAUUAUUUUGCUUCAGCUGGAUUAGAUUCAAAUGUUUUAGUUUGGUAAUCUAAUUUUGAUGAAAAUAUGAAGCCUUGUAAUGUUAUUAAUUUUGUAGAUAAGAAUUUAUCAAAUAAUGAUUCAUAAACAUUAUCAUCUUCAAAUUAAUUUAAGGUUCCUUAAACUACAUUUAAAGCUAAUAAAUAAUAAAAUAAAAUAAAUUAUGAAAACUAAACAUCCUAAUCUUUAUUAAUUAAUAAUCAGACUCAUUAAAGUCCUUUGGCAUAAAUGUUAUCAACCAAAUUUGAAAAAAUAGUAUCUUAAAUGGAUCAAGUUACUUAAUUGAUUGUAUCUAUUGAUAAGAGAAUUACUUCAAAUGAAGAUUAAGUCAAAAAGUUAUUAUAAGUAUUAAGAUUAUUUUUUAAUAUAUUAGAAUGAGAGAGUAAAAUCAAUUCUUGGAGUUUAUGAAGAGUAAUAUAAAGAACCAUAUUAGAAAGCAGCUGUUUGGGAGAAUUAUAGGAAUAAGCAAUAAUAAAAUAAUAAUUAAUUGACUCUAUAACAAUAAUAAUAAUUAUAAGAUCAAGAACCUGUUUUUGGAACAGGAUCAUUUAUGAGAGAUGGAGAAUUAGAAGAUUUCCCAGAAGAAAGUGAAUAGAAAUUAAAAUAAGAAUAUGAAGAUGAAAAAUACAAAUUAUAAUAAGAACAUAUAUUAGAAAGUGAUUAAAAUCAAUAAACUUUUAAUGUUACUAGUGAAUAGAAUAUCUUUUAAACAGGAGCUUUAGAUGGAACUUUAAGUAAUCAAAAUAAUUAUAAUAAUACAUUUUCAUUGACUUUCACUUAAAGAUAAAACUUAUAAGAAUAAUUGAAUAAUUUAGGAGAUUGGAGAGAAUAAUUGGAAUAAGUAUAAAGGGAAGUAAUGGAAAAUUAAUAAGAUAAUGAUUAAUUUAUAAGAGAAGUUAAUGAAGAUGAAGAAGAAUAAUAGGAUUAAUAGGAUAUACAACAAUAAUAGGAACAUUAAGGUUAAUAAGUAGAAAUUCAAGAGGAAGAAUAUCCAGUUUAAGAAGACUUUUAAGAUGAAUAAGGAAAUUAAGGAGAAGAGGAAAUCAGAUAUUAAGAUCAAGGAGCAUAAGAAUGA